GUAUCUAAUUCCGCCUCUCAAUACAUACAUGGUAGUGGACCUUCCCUUUCGCGUCGUCAUCUUGUUUAACAAAAUAACCUACCGUAACGUUUUGGAUCAUAAAGCGACACCAAAAGUAUGUCUGUUACAACAGAUCACAUCCGUGACAAACUAAUCAAGGAGAUCGGAGCGGUGCAUGUGGAAGUUGAAGACACAUCCUCUAACAGAUGUGCUGCCAGCUUCAAAGUUCUAAUAGUGUCUCCCCAGUUUGAGGGGAAACCACUGCUGGCGAGACACAGGAUGGUGAACACCUGCUUGGCUGAAGAGCUAAAAGAGAUCCAUGCCUUUGAACAGAAGACGCUGACACCAGAACAGUGGGAGAAACAGAAAGCACAGUGAUGAAGACACACACUGACCAUAUUUACUUGACAACUUAUUAUGUGUAAAUAAGCAACACUUGCUCACACAAUGUUGACUUUCUGGCCUAACAUAUAUUUCAUUUCAGUCAAUGAUGACUGAAAUUAAGUAUUAAACAUGAUGACAAAACAA